GACUAGGGGCCUCCCUAAAUGUAUGUAAGCCUUGGGGCCCGUGCGCACGGCACACUUGCACACCUGAUUUUUGCGGCACUGGUUCGGAAGCGCUGUGGAUACAGUGAUGUAACCAUUUUGCGAUUUUUAACUGUUGUUACUAAUAUAACUAAUGUUACAUUGGCGCACAUGUGUUCCGACGGCAGACCUCGGUCAAAGUCCAAGAUCGCUUCCGUUAUCGCCAUUUGGGUACAGCACGAUGGUAGCGUACACCCGCCUACGUACAUAAUAGGUUAUAAAAUACGCGCAAUAAUAACUCGAACAUACGCCGAUUUACACGUGUGUUGCGCUGACCACCAGCCGAAUUCUGUUUAGUCGCGCGCCGCGUCAUCUC